AUGUGGCCCAUCACCAUGACGCUCAGGACAGCUCCGUACGACUCGGCGGUUCAUUUGAGGGCUCCGUACUCGGAAAAUACGGUGUUCCCCUUGUCGUUGGCGGCAUCCCGGCCAGAUACCCACAUAGCGCAUCUGGUCGCCGCAAUCCAAGAACUCUCAUCCAACGAGAAGCUACGAGCUCUGUUAUACGAGCAUGGUGCGGUCUACUUCCAGAACCUAGAUGAAUUUUCCCAGUUUGCGCACGCGUUUGGCUGGACCGCACACGAAGAUAUCGGCAACCCGGUUCGACGCACCAUCCGUGCCAAGAACGUGGCAACGGCCAAUGAAGGGCCCAAUACGCAGCCAGUUGACCCUCACAAUGAAUUCGGAUUGAGCCCACAUUACCCGGCUUACCAAGGUUGGAAUCUUUACCGUGUAGCUCUGCACAAGUUCUUAAGACUUGGGUCAAAGGGCGUCAAGUACCAACGAUUCUAUCCAAACGGACCCCGUGACCAGACUUCUUCUGAGGGAACCACAGUUUUGCAGGCGUAUGGUCGUAAAGUCUUGGACAGCGACGAUGCGGAGACUGCUCGAACAAAGAUCGAAAACGAAGUGAAACGGUUGUCCACGGCACAGUGGGUCUGUGAAAACCAAUUCGACAGUAACCCGAUGGGAGAUUUGAGGGUUUGGCAACAUCUGCCUGCCGUGAGAGAUCACCCGCGGACAGGACAGACUGCAUUUUUCAACAAUGUAGUGUCUCGAUUUCUAAAUGCGCUUAACGCCGAUACGUUGCAACCCCCUCAUAUCAACAAGGAGGGGCGGUAUCAACCGCCGGCAUUCUACGGCAACAGCUCUGCAAUUCGGAGGGAGUUUCUUGAUUCGGCUGUUGAAAUCAUCAAGGAGACGAGAGCUCUAGUCUCGUGGGAAGAAGGCAAUGUGUUGCUUUCAGAUAAUCAUGCCGUGCAGCAUGCCAGAGAACCCUGGACAGGGUAAGUGGCCUUGGAGAUCGACCUCAAGUGCCAGUGAUUGAUGAAAAACCAGGAAUCGGAGAUUGCUUGCUAGUCUGUGGGACGAACCAGUUGGAUAGGUGCUUUGAGUAGAGUAUGCCGACAACGUGCAACAAAUGGCAAGAAGAGUCUAUGCCGG